AUGACCGCGCUUCUUCAGACAGACUGCCCGACCUUGAAAUUGUUGGCGAGGGGAAAGGUCCGGGACAUUUACGAGGUCGAGGAGGACAAGUCGGGCUUGCUGUUUGUAGCGACGGACCGCGUGUCGGCGUUCGAUGUGAUCAUGAAGACGGGCGUCCCCAACAAGGGCAAGCUUUUGACACAGCUCUCACUCUUCUUCUUCGAAUACCUCUCGAAGGCGCCCGAAACUAAGCACAUCCCGAACCAUGUCAUCACGAGCAAGAUUGAGGAGAUGCCGGCAGAAGUGCAGAAGUACCGCGACCAGCUCGAGGGACGGUCAAUCUGGGUUCGCCGAGCGACUGUCUUGCCCGUCGAGGCGAUUGUUCGCGGCUACAUCACCGGCUCCGCGUGGGCCGAGUAUCAGAAGACCGGCACCAUGCACGACAUCAAGCUUCCUGAAGGGCUGAAGGAGUCGUCCAAGUUCGACCCGCCCCUCUUCACGCCCAGCACGAAGGCAGAGGUCGGCGAUAAGGACAUUAACAUUCACCCGAACGAGCUCCCCAAACACCUCCCCGAUCCCUCUCUCGCCGAGCCGCUCCAGCAGUACGCCCUCGCCCUGUACAGCACCGCCGCAGCCCACUCGCUCUCCCGCGGCCUCAUUCUCGCCGACACCAAGUUCGAGUUUGGCCUCCUCCCUCCAUCCACACCCGGCGGCAAGCCCGUCCUCGCGCUCGUCGACGAGUGCCUCACCCCCGACUCGUCCCGCUUCUGGCCUGCCGAGCAAUGGGCAGAAGGCAACAAGAUGGUCGGGUUCGACAAGCAGUUCCUGCGGGAAUGGCUCAAGUCGGGCGGCGGAGGAUUCGGCAAGAAGGGCGGAGGAAUCGACGAGGACCCGGUCGAGAUCCCGCAGGACAUCGUCCAGGCGACGUGGUCCAAGUACGAGGAGGCUUUCGAGAAGCUCACGGGCAGGAAAUUUGUCGCUUGA